GCGCAUGCUCAAACACCACAUCCGCCAUCUUAUGUUUGUUGUUAAUCGCAUGUCACAGGUUGAAAAUUCAACUUGCAGAUCUGAGCCUCAUGUUUAACCUUUUGAAAAUAUCUUUGUUUGGAACAGUUUGAAGGACAUUUUCCACCCAGUAACAGCCAACAAAAAGGAUCAUGGGGGCGUUUUUAGACAAGCCAAAGACAGAGAAGCACAACGAGGGAGGAGUGGGCAAUCGCCUCCGCUAUGGCUUGUGCAGCAUGCAGGGCUGGCGGGUGGAAAUGGAAGACGCCCACACAGCAGUCGUCAGCAUCCCUCACAACCACCUGAAAGACUGGUCUUUCUUCGCCGUGUUUGAUGGGCACGCGGGGGCGAGAGUGUCGGCCGUGUGCGCGGAAGAACUCUUAGAACACAUCACUCAGAAUGAAGACUUUCGCGGCAAGCCGGACAUGACAGACGGCACGGAGGUUCAGCCUUCCAUCGAAGACGUGCGAGGGGGGAUCAAAACGGGCUUCCUUAGUUUGGACGAAAAAAUGCGCUCCAUGCCGGAGGUGAUGAGCGGGGAGGACAAAAGUGGCUCUACGGCAGUGUGCAGCAUCGUGUCCCCCAAACAUAUCUUCUUUGCCAACUGCGGAGACUCGCGUGCGGUGCUGUGCCGUAACGGCAAGUGUGCAUUUGCAACGACUGACCAUAAACCUGUUAACCCCAUUGAGAAAGAGCGCAUCCAAAAGGCCGGGGGUAGUGUUAUGAUUCAGAGGGUGAACGGCUCCCUGGCUGUGUCACGGGCGCUGGGAGAUUUCGAGUACAAGAACGUGGAGGGUAUGGGGCCUUGUGAACAACUAGUGUCUCCGGAACCCGAGAUUUUUGUUGAGGAGCGAAACCCCGAUGAUCAGUUCAUGGUCCUUGCCUGCGAUGGUAUCUGGGAUGUGAUGACCAAUGAUGAACUUUGCGCAUUCAUUGAACAUAGAAUGAAAAUUUCUGGAAGUCUAGAAGAUGUUUGUAAUCAAGUAGUAGAUACUUGUCUAAUCAAGGGCAGCAGAGACAAUAUGAGUAUUGUGUUAAUAGCUUUUGAGGGAGCCCCGACCGUGGUGGAGGAGUCGGUGCGGAAGGACAGGGAGCUCGAUGACAGAAUUGAGGCAAAAGUGAAAGAAAUUCUUGAAAAGGAGCCACAAGAAAAUCAUGACUUUGGUUUUGUUUUGCAAUCUGUAGCAGAAGAAUUACAUGAUCAGUUCCCCCCGGGAGGGGGCUUUCACAGCAAAAAAACAGUGAUUGAAGGUGUAUACCACAGACUCAGGCCAAAUGAAGAGCAAGAUGAUGAUAUGCCAUGAUUGAUAGCUUCUAGGCGGAUAACAACGAUGUACGGGCAGCCGGGAAUUGUUGAGGAUAAACUUGUACACUGACAGCCUGAGAUGUGUCCCCAUCUUUUUCUCAUCUUCAUUAGCCACGGAAAGGAUUGGAGAAUUGUAUUCUUUAUCCAGAGCUUUCUACCCAUACUUUUAUUUAUGGAACAAAGCAGGUCUCCAGAAAUGAUCUCGCAUUCUCUGUUGCCCAAGUAGUAGUAUUACAUAUUUCACUAUCAUAAUCUCUGUUGUUGGAUCUUGUCUUUGUUGAAAUCUUUUUUGGGCCCUGACUUAAAUGGAUUUUUGAUGAAGAUGAUAGAUCAUAGGAAAGUAGAUUUCUAUAUUAAAUGCUCUAAGGUAUUCGAUUAUAUUUCCAUCUCCCCCACCACCACCACCAUUUUCCUCAGUUUUGUUACUGUGAGUAAGAAUAAAUUAUUGAAAAGUUAUAUGCUGUUAAACAUCCACUAUUGAUUAUAUUUGUUUUGUUGUUCAGUUGUUUUUCAGGGGUUUUAUUUUGGGUUUUAAAAAUUUUUUAAAUAUUUUUUUUUUUUUACUUUCCAAGUCUGUUUUUACUUGUUCUAUUCAUAUGAGCAUCUAUCUUAACAUUUAUCUUUUUCUUUUUGCACUAUUUUCCAUUUCAUGUUUGAGUAACUUCAUUCAAAGGUAAUUCAUUAUCAAGUAAACAGUUUUGAAUUGUAAUAUUGCUGCGUAGCUAUGUCUUAUUUUAUUCAUCCCCUUGUUCUGUCAUGAGCUCUUGAGUUGUCCUUGCCUCCAUCUUGUACACACAUCUUUCUCUCUCUCUCUUUUUCUCUUUUUUUCUCUUUCUCUCGCUCUCUCUCUCAAUCUUUUAUGAUUGUUAACAAAACAGCUCUGUGCGUUCUUUACUUGCUUCCUUUCCGCAUGAUUUCAUUUAGUGUCCAUUUUGUUUUUGACAAACUAGUGCUCUUGACCGAAGUCUUGCUCUACUGGUUCAUGUUUUGUGCAAGUUUGUUGUUUUUUUCUUUUGAAUUGUGUGGUCCCAAAUUUGUUUCCUCUUUUUUUUUUCAUUUGCUAUUUUGUUGUUAAAAAUUUGUGAGUUUAUUCCUUUGGUCUUUGUUUGGUUGAAGAUGAAUAAUUUAUUGAUAGUCAUUAAAUUAUCUUCAUUCCAUAUUCAUACUGCUAGAACUUAAUUAUUUUUUGGCUAUUUCUGUAUGAGCAAUAUUUGGAUUAUUUUUGGUUUAUUAUAAAUAGAUAUAUAUAUAUGGAUAAUUGAAACCCCCCCCCCCCCCCCUUUAAGUCCUCAUGGGAUGAGCCAAGUGAAGUAGCAUUAUCCACCUCGGGGGAGACGUUGCCCUCCUCACCUCUUCCCCCUCACCUCAUGUUGUCCUGACUCACCCACCCACCCCACUACCUUCAUUUAGUAUCAUUUUUUGGAUUGAUUUGAGAGUGGUCUGGCCGGUUGGUUGGUUUGUCUCCCCCACGGGCCCACGGGGAAGAGACAGCUCUGCUCGCUCAGCUCCACAAUCUGCUGAAGCUGGACAUAGCAGACUGACCGUUCACGCCACAAACGCUAUAUUAUUAAUUAAAGUCAAAUGAAAAAAAGUGUUUUUUUUGGUAUUAAUUUUCCCCGAAUGUUUCCCGGCAACUUUCACACUUGGAAGUUGGUGUUCCACUUCUCUCUACCUUACACGAACCCGUGGGACAAUUUAGAAUUGUUCCAUAAGUCAAUAUAAUGUUUGAUGUAGCGGCAGUGUGAUUGACUGUGGUUUGGGGAGUUCUUACUUGACAGCUGCCACCCAUUAUACUUUGCUGAAUCUACCUCGUAGACAAACUGCUCUGUUUGCCGUGGGCUCCCUCCUACUACUGUCCGAGAAGUGGCGGCCGUGGAAAUGGGUUGUCAAGCUCUCCCCCCCCCCGAUGUCUGUGUUAAAUCAGCCAGCGAUUGUAGAUAACGGAAACCUAUUUUCAAAUAAUUUUUGGAGUACAUGAGUUUUUUAAAAGUUUUUAAGCGAGGAGAAGGGGAGCUGUCCCAUUUAUAUCGUAUAUUAUAUUACACAAAUUAUGUUGGCCUUUGACCUGAUCAAGUACAUUCAUAGGGCAAUAACUUGAAACUUAAGCUUGAUGAGAUAUUGAUUGCUUUUCCUACCUACAGUCUUCACAAAGGGAAGACAUUGAUUGUCUGGCCCCGUGUGUCGGGCCGUCUCCUGUGUCAUGAGACCGUUGACGACUACUGCUGCUGUGAACUUUUCUCUUCACCAGUCUGUCGUAGAGUACGUACGUGCAUAUGUACGUGCAUGCAGCGCUCUGAUGCUUGACUGCAUCCCCGCCACCCCACCCCCACCCCCUGCCCAGUCUUCAGGGUGCCACCAUUUCUGGAAGAAUUUGAUUUUCAAAAAUGUUUUGUUUUCCCAUAAAUAUGCUAGUUGGUACCCUGCAUCAGUCACAGGUGUCUUUCUGAUGCUGGCAAAUGAAGUUCUGCUUGAUCCAGCUGGCACCGCUGUAAUUUUGUGAUUUGCUAUCUUUGAUGGGCCGGGUCCUGUGGUUGACAGUUCCUGUGUCAGGUUACAGCUUUCAGGCAGGAUCAGCGCGGUCCACAAAGAACGUGGUCCCCCAAAGUAUGACAGAACAACAAAACAUACCGUGGCAGGGUGGGGGAGGAUUUGUGCGUACGCGUACAAGCGACGUCGGUGGCGAGUGACAAGCGGUGGCGAGUGAGCGCUGGGCGCUGAUGUCGUAGAGCUGCUCUCUUGUCCUGAUGACACGGGAUUGACGUCGAAGAGCUGCUCUCUUGUCCUGAUGACUCGGGACUGACGUCGUAGAGCUGCUCUCUUGUCCUGAUGACACCGGACUGACGUCGUAGAGCUGCUCUCUUGUCCUGAUGACUCGGGAUUCUUUUUUCUCUCCUGCUUCCCUCCUCCUCCCUUUGGUUUUUCUCUGCUUGCUGUGACCAAAGCCACAAUCAUAUUUUGUGCAUUUGUUGAUACCAUGAAUCACGUGAAUAUGUCGCGACGACAACAAACCUGCGAGAAGGACGGCAAAUUGUGUAUGGAAGGAAGGCGUGUGUGUUGCGACCACUAGCGCUAGUGGGUCAUGGUCAUCGUCACGUGCAGUCCACGUUGGCAAAUGUUUGUCGCCUCGACUCAGUCGCUGUAUGGAGGGGUGGCUGCCUCUUGUGCAGAGAUGUCCAGUUUUUUUUUCUUUUUUUAGAUCGUGAAUACUUCGGAUGUAGGGUUGCUCUGCAUGACGUUUUUCUGUCCUGCCUUGUGGGUGGAUGUACGUGAGCAUGUCUUGUAAGUUCUAAGAAACGAUUCACUUAGUUCUAGGCUCUGUCAGUCUCUCUGGAUUUAGGCGCUGCUACUCCUCUGUACGUCUCUCAUGGCUGAAGUGGUUGGCCAUGUGUCUGACUGAUUGAUGGAGCCCUGUGUGUGCACACGAGACAUGGCCCAGCCAGCGAAGCGACGCGUGGUCCUGCGGGACGAUGACCAUGACGAUGCCAUCGUCUUUGAUCAGACAUUGUUGAGCCUCAUGCCAAAAUGCUGUGUUUCUUGUGGUGGUGGUCGUCUUUGUUGCCAGUCCUUCCCCAACACCACCCCCCCCCCCCCCCACCCCUCCUAUGAUGUGCCCACUCUGCAGUCUCUCUCCCCCCUCCCCCUCGAGUGCGGGGGUGCGUGACUUAAGAGUAGUGUGGGCGGUGUGUCAUGGAGGCCAGGCAAUAAGAUAACAAAUUCUAUUAUGAUGCUCUAUGCUCUAUAAAUGUAACUCGUAGUAGAAUACGAUGCUGGUCAGAGAGGCCAACAAUCUGUCUGUGACGUCCUGUCCCCUUCAUCUGUUGUCAACUCGGCUGACCUCUAGGGGGGGUCAUGGCGUCCGUCGUCCACCUUUAUCAAAAAGAGUUGUCAGUUUUUCCUCUACCAGUCAAACUGACCACAGCUUUGUUGGGUUUUUUUUUUUUUAAAAUAAAUAAUUGUUUCAUGUUUGAUCAAUAAUUAUUAUUACUACUACUACUACUACUACUACAGAUUAUAAUUUGCCAUGUUUGUAUUUGUGUGUUUUGUGCAGUGCUGGGACAUACAUUGUUGUGUUCAGGUGUUGGUGCACCUUGCCUUGGUUCAUUGGGUUUUUGGGACAGACCAGAACUGACAGGUGGACUGUUUGUAGAUUUCAUCUUUUGUUUCAUGUUUUUUUGUUUUUGUUUUUAAAAAAAUAUUAUUUGUUUGGGGUUAUUUUGUUGUUGUUUUGUCUGUAUGGCAUUUUAAAAAUAAUUAACUAGAUGAGCGCGUUGAUUAAAUUAGAUCUUUCAGUAUGGUAAAUAGAAUGUGAAAUUCUGUGGGUCUUGCUGUGUGUGAUCAGUGGUGUAGAAACUAGGUAUGAUGAAUAUUCAUGAGGUGUCAUGUUUACUGUAGUGUGUUUGUGUGUGUGUGUGCCUGCGUGUGUGUAUAUGUAUGUAUGUUAUGUACGUGUGUGUCAAGUGUGUGCGCCUGCGUGUGGCAGUGAGUGUGUACUGUGAAUGUAGCAACGUGUCGUGCCAACAUGUAGUAGGUGGCGUGCGGCGUCAACGUGUUCUGUGCAUGUCAUAGAGUGAUGGCCACUCUGUGCAUCUUGUGACCCUUGUGGCUGGCAGUUUCUAUCUCCCCCGCCCCCCCCACCCCGCCCCCCAGUACACAGGGGUCUGGUCUAGAUAAUCAUGUUUGGGACAGCACUACCCAUCAUCUUUUCUUUUUUCUGUUUUUUUUCUUUUUCUUUUUUUCUUUCUUUGUUUCAUUCUGCUUUGUCAUGUACCGUAUGGAAAGACAGAUUUUAUGUAAGUUUGAUGAAAGUUCCUACUUUGUACUACAAUAUGAUGUUUCAAAGCCAAGACAGAAUGUCCCGAGUUUGUUAUCAAUCAACAUGAUGGUGUUGCUUGUCUUUCUCAUGAUCAAGUCACGCUUCUUUUUGGAAAGGAAAACAAAACAAUUGGUCGUGUUAUUCUAUAGUUAGUUGUGCCACUUUUGAUAUAUAUAUAUGUGUGAGAAGACAAUAAUACCUGCUUUCAUCCAACUACAGGGUGAAGUGAGUGGUGAGAGAUUCCUUUCUAGUUCUCCAGCUUUGGUCAACUUUGGUUACUGUUGUGGGGGGGUUAAAAAUCUAGACAGAACUUGCUCUACCCCAGGUCUGUGAACAUUUGGAUAGGAUUUUAUUUUUUUCCCAAAUUGUUGACACAUGCAUGGUUCUUGUGAGAAGGCAACUAGAAUUUCUUUCCAUAUUUCUUCUGUACAAAAUUCUGGUUGUCUUUUAUAUAGCCCUUACCCUGAGCCGGUCUAGAUGGGUUUUGUUUGACCCAGUGGCAAGGUUUCUUUGAGCUGACAAGGAGAACUUGUCAUGUGCUCUCUACAGAUAGGCGGCAAGGAGAACUUGUCAUGUGCUCUCUACAGAUAGGCGACAAGGAGAACUUGCCAUGUGCUCUCUACAGAUAGGCGGCAAGAAGUAGGGAAAGUCUUUAACUUUAAGUUGUUCAACUUGUUGUUGACUUCUCUAGGACCAUGUCUUCCUUUCCGUUUGCUUGGCCCUGUGUGAUAUGCUCCCAUUUUUCAUUGAGAGAGUGAUGUCGGCGGUUCUUCUAUGAUAGAAAGGAAAAUGAGCCUGUUUUUUGUUGUUUUUUAACUUGACGAAGAGACAUAUAUUAUAAUAUAGUGCAGUUCAUAAAGGUAGGUUUGAAGUCAUCACAGGGGAUUCUUUCAUUGUUUCAUGAGGCCAAAUUUACAUGAUUUAUGCAGGUACAGCUGGAGUAUUUGAUGAAAUGCUGUACUGUAACUUUGAUGUUGAUGACAUCCAACCCUUAAACAAAGCCAUAUCUUCUACUACUUCUCUAUAUUCUAUCAACAUAUUAUGUCACAUAGCCCACCUCUUCUGUUCCUGUGAGGCUAUCCAGAUCUGCAGCAGAAAGAACUUGAGAAUUUUUUAGAAAAGACACAUUUUUUUUGUGACUGCGUUUCCAUAUUAUGACUUCAACGACCAUCACUUUGUAAGAAUACUAUAAAUAAAUAUAAUGCUGUGCUUUUGCUCUGAAGAAUAUGACAAUUUUUCCAGUGUCCAUAAUCAGAUUUUUCACGGCGGUGUGUGCUUGAGAGUGACCUAAAAAAAAAUGUUCUUGUUAUUCUUCCUUGCUGUCUGCCUGCCUGCUGUCAUUGAAAUGUACAUUCAGUAAGAUCAUAUUGCUGACCAGCUGUGAUUGUCAUGCUGUCAUUGAAAUGUACAUUCAGUAAGAUCAUAUUGCUGACCAGCUGUGGUUGUCAUGCUGUCAUUGAAAUGUACAUUCAGUAAGAUCAUAUUGCUGACCAGCUGUGGUUGUCAUGCUGUCAUUGAAAUGUACAUUCAGUAAGAUCAUAUUGCUGACCAGCUGUGAUUGUCAUGCUGUAAUUGAAAUGUACAUUGCAGUAAGAUCAUAUUGCUGACCAGCUGUGAUUGUCAUGCUGUAAUUGAAAUAUGUGUACAUUGCAGUAAGAUCAUUUUGCUGACCGGGUGUGAUUGUCUGGAUUCCUCUUCAGAGAUAAGAAGAAGAAAAAAAAAAAAUAAGCGUUUGAUUCAUUUCCUCCUGCAAUGCAAGUGACCAGCUGGGUUUUUUAAUUAUUUUUUUCAUGUUGUCAAGUGAAUCUUUUUCUAAUGUCAUGCUGCUACGUAGUAGUGCAUCGGUCAGUCGUGACAAGCCCCACCCCCAUGAGGAAUUUUGUACCAAGUGUGUGCAGCAGAUUGAUUCAAACAAAACAAACUAAACAAACUAAACAAACAGACAAGAAGACUCAUUACUCGCGAAGCUCACCAUCCCGUCAUUUUGAGCUUGUUCAAAGCAUUGCUCAAGAAGUGUCAUGUGUACCCCCAUCCUGUCAGUAGUGAUGCACGUAGAAUGAAUGUAGUAACAGAUGUCCUAUCUGGCCACCAGUCUAUGACAUGGCGUCUUGUUUUCCCUCAUUUUUCUUUUUGUUUGUUUUUCUACGAAAUUCACAUCUGUUACAUAAAAAGUGGUAGAAAUUAAAACGAAAUUUCUCAUCUUU